CGCCGAGGAACCACCGCGCCCCGAGGACGAGGAGGUGGACCCCCGCAUCCAGGGGGAGCUAGAAAAACUGAAUCAAUCUACUGAUGAUAUCAAUCGCAGAGAGACGGAGCUGGAGGAUGCACGCCAGAAGUUCCGCUCUGUGCUGGUUGAGGCAACAGUAAAACUGGAUGAACUGGUAAAGAAGAUUGGAAAAGCUGUAGAAGACUCUAAACCAUACUGGGAAGCUCGGAGGGUGGCCAGGCAGGCACAGCUGGAGGCCCAGAGGGCGACUCAGGACUUUCAGAGGGCCACUGAAGUGCUGCGUGCUGCAAAAGAGACCAUUUCGCUUGCUGAGCAGAGGCUGCUGGAAGAUGACAAGCGUCAGUUUGACUCUGCCUGGCAAGAGAUGCUCAACCACGCUACUCAGAGGGUCAUGGAGGCGGAACAGACCAAAACGAGAAGUGAGUUGGUUCACAAGGAGACUGCAGCCAAAUACAAUGCUGCCAUGGGAAGGAUGAAACAACUGGAGAAGAAGCUGAAAAGAGCCAUCAAUAAGUCAAAACCUUAUUUUGAACUCAAGGCGAAGUACUAUGUCCAGCUAGAGCAACUGAAGAAAACAGUGGAUGACCUGCAGGCCAAACUGGCCCUGGCAAAGGGAGAGUAUAAGACUGCCUUGAAAAAUCUGGAGAUGAUCUCAGAUGAGAUUCAUGAGAGGAGAAGGUCCACUGCCAUGGGGCCCCGAGGAUGUGGCGUGGGUGCCGAGGGGAGCAACACCUCUGUGGAGGACUUGUCAGCGAGUAAACCGGAGUCAGACACCGUGUCCAUGGCUUCAGAAGUGUUUGAGGAUGAUAAUGGCAGCAGCUUUGUAUCCGAAGAAGAUUCAGAAACUCAGUCAGUAUCCAGCUUCAGCUCUGGUCCUACGAGUCCCUGUGAGGUGCCCACUCAGUUUCCUCCUGCAACACGACCUGGAAGCCUGGAUCUGCCCAGCCCAGUCUCCCUCUCUGAGUUUGGGAUGAUCUUCCCUGUCCUGGGCCCCCGGAGCGAAUGCAGUGGGGCCUCCUCCCCUGAAUGUGAAGCUGAAAGAGGGGAUAGGGCAGAAGGGGCUGAGAACAAGACAAGCGACAGAGUGAACAAGAACAGGAGCAGCACCAGGAGCAGCACCAGGAGCAGCUCCACUGAAGGGCUGGCUCUGGAUAACCGAAUGAAGCAGCUCUCCCUUCAGUGCAUGAAAAUCAAAGAGGGAAUUUGCGCGGGCAGGAAAGCUGCCCAGAUUGGCUGAGGCCUUCUCGUGCCCCGUCCUGAAUAAUGGGAAUCUAAAUAUUUAUACAUGAACUUCUAAGUGUUUGAAGAACGUUGUGCCAAUAAUAUAUGCCAAAUCUUAAGCGUUUACUCUGAGAAUUCAAAAAUGCACUAAGAAGUUUAAUUGAUGUGGAGGGCUGAAGUUUUUAUUCAGUAAAUCCUUUGUAGGCCGGACGAGUUAUCAAAUGUUUAAGCUGUGCUCAUAUUUCACAGACUUUGUAAAUUGUUUUGUAGCAGCCUGGCUGAAGCAAUAACUAGUAAUGUUCCCGUGUAAAUUCAUGCCAGUCGGGGGUCUGAAAUUCAAGCCAGACUUUUGCAGAGAGCGGUUUGGCUUUGGUUUUAUAGAAUGAAAUGCUCUUUAGAUACAACCAAUCUCUUGAGUACAAGUGGCAUAAUCUUUAAACAUCUGUAUUGGUCUGUAUUAUGCUGAAACUGUAGAAAUAUUUUGUAUACAGGAAAGCUGUUGCAUGUGUGGGGUCUGAAAGCCUUCACUCUUCCCUUGGUGCUCACAGAAAGGAUAAAACGAGUCAUGCCUCUAAAAGCCUAUAAAACAGAUGGAUGUCAGGAAGGGGAUGGUAAUGCCCAGCAGCGGGAGGCCCUUUCUAGACACCUUCCUGAGUCAGGCUUGGACUCUGCAGGUGAUUCCAGUGACCAAAAAGAGUUGAUUGGCCCCUUGCCCUUCUGCUUCCCUGAGAAGUGAAGUAUUAUUUUUCAGCACUUUAAGUGUUUUCUGUUUUGUUUUUUUUUCCUCAAAAAUGGGAGUCAUAGAUGUUUUCAGGACGAUUAUGAUAAGGGGUUUGCCCUUGAAAUAUGCAUGAAGAAAAGGAAUUGCCAGUGUAGAUUGACAAUGUGUUCUUAAGCUUCUCUGUAGGUUGUACUGUGUGGGGGUUUAUAACUGUUAAAGGGACUUGGGAUUUUAGUAUGCCCUAGACAAAGUGUUCAAUAAAACUAGAAAGGGCACGGGGCAUGUUUUGCCAGCAGCUGUUAGGCAGUAGUAGUGUCUGAUAAUUAUGCUAAUAAGUGGUAGUAAAAAUCCUAGGACUCUUCAGUUUUGGUGACUAAGCAUUUCUGAAAGCACCAUUUUAUCUAAAAUGUCAGUUUCUAUUGUUAAUUUGAUGGGAAUCUUAGUAUUGCCCAAAGUAUUUUCUAUUCUAUGUUUUUGCAGUCCUGUUGUAUUUCAUCCCUGCCACAGCUUGUGUAUCUAUUCUCAAAGUUAAUGUAAAAUUCUUCACACUACAGUAAACAUUUUUGUUUUCCACCUUUUGAGUCUGUGCAAGUGAAGUUUCUCUCAAGUGCUGGGAACCAAAUCUUCUCCCACAGCAAGUUUAGCCUCCAAAUAUCCACUUCCAGCUGAAGACUGCAGGCUGAGCUCACAUGUGUUAGAAUCCAUUGCAGUACGUGGGCACCUCUUUCCAGCUUUCCAAAUCCCCGCAUAUGUGGCUCACUUUUUAUUCUGAACUGUGCCACAGGACCAGAGCUUUAGUCAAGUUCUCCAAAACCCCCUUAGUGUGCAGAAGGAGAGAGGUAUUCUGUUACUUAAGACCUCUGUACCUAAUGAUGCUGAAAUUGGCUGUAAAGCUGUGCAGAAUUGGAGGCAAAGAAUCCUAUUUUCAUAAAAAAAUAGAUUCCUCACAUGAUAGGUGUUAAGCUGUAACUGUGUUAAGACAUUUAUAUGCUUACAUCUUCUGAAGACCUUAAGGCUGAAAUCUUCUACUGCCAGCAGUUCCCAGGCCCAGAAAAUGUUCAGGAAAGAAAUCUGUAGUUCCAAGUUCUGAUGUAACCAUUACUUGGGAAAAAGCUGGGAUAGACUGUAUUAAAUAUGAAAAGCAGUAAAGGAGUGCUAUACUGUA